AUGCAUUCAGAUUUUAAGAAAGAUUUUCCUGGUUUAUUGUUAAAGCAGUUGUUAUGGGCAGCUGCUCGAGCUUCCACUAAAGAAGAGUUUGUGAAAUGCAUGAAAGCAAUUAAGGAUGUUAAUGAGAGUGCAUAUAACUGGUUAAUGGCGAAGAAUACAUCUGAAUGGACAAUAUCAUAUUUCGAUGACUCUGUGAAAUGUGAUAUGGUGUUAAACAAUAUGUGUGAGAGUUUCAACUCCGCUAUACUUGAAGCUAAAGACAAGGAUGUUGUCAUGCUCCUAGAGAAGAUUAGAUUUUGGUUGAUGGUUAGAUUUUGCAAAAAGAGGGAAAGCAUCAACAAAUGGAGAGAUGGGAUUAGCAAGCAGAUAUGGGAUCUCCUUGAGAAAAAGAAAGAGGUAGCAAAAAAAUAUCACACAAAUAGAGCAGAUGCAUUUAACUUUCAGGUUACUCACGAGACUGAUGGGUCCUUUGUGGUAGACCUAAUUGCUCUCACAUGCACUUGUUGGAAGUUUGAGUUGAAUGGUUUGCCUUGUAGUCAUGCAGUGGCAGCCAUUUGGAAAAGAGGGCUCAAUGUGCUAGACUAUGUGCAUGACUACUAUAAGAAAGAGAGCUUCAUACAUGCGUAUGAAGUGGUUGUGCAACCUAUGCCAAGUUCGGGUAAAUGGACAUCUUCAAGCACUCCUCCAAUCCUUCCACCUCCCGAAUACAAACUUCCUGGUAGACCAAAAAGGUCUAGGAAGAGGGAGGUAGAUGAGCCCCCUGCUGGUGCCACAAAAUCUAACAGACAUGGAUAA